CCUCCUCCUCCCUCCGCGCCGGGCGCCGCUCAGCCGGGGGCGGGGGCUCCGCCCUCGCUGCCUGACGUCACCGCCCGCCGCGGAGUGCGCAGCAGGUGCCGCCGCCGGCGCGAGACGGGGAGCGCCUGAGGACAGAUUCUGCAUCCCACAUGAACUACGAAAAUCCUCCACCUUACCCUGGCCCGGGUCCAACUGCCCCUUACCCACCCUAUGCACAACAACCGGGUGGUCCUCCUGGCCCAUACCCAGGCUAUCCUCCUGGACCUACUGGGCCAUACCAGCCAGGCCAGCCAGGUUAUCAAGGUUAUCCCCAGUAUGGAUGGCAAAACGCACCUCCGCCUCCAGGACCAGUGUAUGCAGAUGGGCCUAAAAACACAGUGUACGUCGUGGAGGAGCGGCGGAGAGAUGACACGGGCGAGAGCGCCUGCCUGACAGCGUGCUGGACCGCGCUCUGCUGCUGCUGCCUCUGGGACAUGCUGACCUGACUCCACUGCAGCUGCCUCCCAUACCUCUCACUGAGUGCUAUGCAGGCUCCCCACUCCUGUCCUGACUUCUUUCUGUUACUGUAAUCAAUGCUCUGCUUUGCACAGCCAAGAGUUCCCGUCUGUCAGUCCUAGCGCCUUGUUGGGGUGGGGGGUGCACUCCUUUAUUUUAGUAAAGGAAAAAUCCCUUUUUAAUAUUUCUAAGACUUUUGUUGUAACUUUGAAGAAUGUGCUAAUGGUAUAUUUCAGCCAAAGGCAUUCUGAUGAAAUGUAUAUUUAUCAGUUGAAAUUUUCCUAGUCCUAGAAAUGAAGAUGUACGCAAUAAUUAAAGCCAACAGUUGAUUUUCUUCGCUAGGUCCUGACUGUUUCAAUAAAUCUGUCCCGUA